ACAGUGUCCCACAGGAACAGCCCCCUCACGGUGUCCCAUGGACAGUGUCCCACAGGAACAGCCCCCUCACGGUGUCCCAUGGACAGUGUCCCACAGGAACAGCCCCCUCACGGUGUCCCACGGACAGUGUCCCACAGGAACAGCCCCCUCACGGUGUCCCACGGACAGUGUCCCACAGGAACAGCCCCCUCACGGUGUCCCACGGACAGUGUCCCACAGGAACAGCCCCCUCACGGUGUCCCAUGGACAGUGUCCCACAGGAACAGCCCCCUCACGGUGUCCCAUGGACAGUGUCCCACAGGAACAGCCCCCUCACGGUGUCCCACAGCGCUCCCACCGCCUCAGCGCGAGGCCUUUUCCCAGCACGGAGCGCGGGCUGACAGCGCCCCCUGCCGGCUCGGCGCUCACCGCGACUCACCCACCGUCAAAGAGCGUCUGUGUCCAGGAGGAGCAAUUCAAGAGAGCUCCAUGAGGUACUGCUGUGCAGCUCCAUCCCUUCUACACUGCUGUAUGCUGGGAGAGCCAGAAACAAGGCACAAAGACUUCUUGGAAAGCAUUUAACAAUGGAGGAAAGGAAGAACACACUUCUUCACGUUAAAUCAAAUCAAAAUACCAUGUUCCAGACCCUUUCCACAGAUGACUGCACCUAGCAAAUUGGAUGAUCAUUUUAUGGUGUGCUACAGCCAUGGGUAUCAUAUGGCAAGAAGUAUCUGGCAGCCAAGGAACAGCACCAAAGAUGAGCAUCACUGAAAGAAUGAUUGAUUGCAAGCAAAGAAGAAAAAAAUUACAUAGGAUAGGAUCUUUUCUGAGGACAGUAUUCUUCUUUGUGCUUUUUAAACCCGAGACAAAACCUCUGGAAAUGUCAGAAGCUAAUUUAAAAACAAUGGAAAUUAUUUCUAACUUGUCAUAUCAAACCCUUACAGAAAAGCACCCCUAUUCAUUGUCUAAUGCCUGUAAUGCCUAAAGAUCUUCUCAAAUUAUAUUUGUUUUCCAGUUGAUUCUCCUCAUCUAAGAAAGAAAUUCAUUGCUAUCUAAAAAUAAAUGCUUCUGACAAGGUUUUUCUCUUUUUCAA